AUGUUUCCAUAUUCAUUCAUUACUUAAUUCAUUUAUAAAUCCAAUCAGUUCUCUUAACUCUCUCAUCUUCUUCCCUCUACACAACUCAACAAAACCCUAAUCUGCAACUCCGAUUUUGCUUCUUCUCCGACGAAACCCUAAUUUCCCUCCAUUCUUCCGCAUGACCACCGUCUAACUCACUUACCCCGCUCCGAGAAUGUCGCUCCACGGUAGCGACCGCCGCGACAUGUCGGGCGUCGGCGGAAACGGCAUGGUGGCGGCGGCGAGCCUGAGGCUGCGGCUGAACCCUAACAAGGAGCACAAGCCAGAUGGCUACGAGGACCUGCAGUUGGAUUUCAGCCCUAACAUCUUCAGCUCCUUGGAGAGGUACCUCCCUCCGAGCAUGCUCAACGUGCCUCGUGACGAUAAGGCCAAGUUCAUGCGCGAGAUUCUGCUCAAGUAUCUACCCCUUGGGGAACGCAGCAGAUCUCAAAAGCAUAGAGAAUACAGACAGAAGAUAAUAGAAAAUUAUCAGCCUCUGCAUCGGGAGUUGUACUCUGUGAAUCCUGCUACAUUCUUCGUUCCCUCAUUUCUGAGAGCAAUUAAUGAUAAUACUGAGCAAAGCUUUAGAAGUAUAAUGUCUGAGCCCUCUCCUGGCAUUUUUAUAUUUGACAUAUUUCAGACCAACUUUUGUGAGUUAUUGCUAUCUGAGAUUGAAAAUUUUGAGAAGUGGGUGACUGAAACAAAGUUUCGGAUCAUGCGUCCCAAUACAAUGAAUAAAUAUGGUGCUGUUCUUGAUGACUUUGGACUUGAAACAAUGCUUGACAAGCUUAUGGAAGGUUUUAUUCGUCCUUUAUCCAGAGUCUUAUUUGCGGAAGUUGGUGGGGCAACCCUGGAUUCUCAUCAUGGUUUUGUUGUUGAAUAUGGUAAAGAUAGAGAUGUUGACUUGGGUUUCCAUGUAGAUGACUCAGAAGUAACCUUGAAUGUUUGUUUGGGUAAGCAAUUUUCUGGAGGGGAAUUGUUUUUCCGGGGCAUACGAUGUGAGAAACAUGUAAAUACUGGAACUCAUUCAGAGGAGAUCUUUGAUUAUUCUCAUGUUCCUGGACGAGCUGUGCUUCAUCGUGGUCGACACCGCCAUGGUGCUAGAGCUACAACAUCUGGCAAUCGGGUCAACCUACUUCUGUGGUGCAGAAGUUCUGUCUUUAGGGAGAUGAAACGGUAUCAAAAAGAUUUCUCCAGCUGGUGUGGCGAGUGCAGUCGUGAGAAAAAGGAAAGGCAACGCUCAACAAUUGCUGCUACCAAAUUGGAGUUGUUCAGGAGGGAAGGUGAAUCCACUGCAUAAUCUGUUUUACUCGGUGGAUCAUUGUGAAAGUGAUGUACCUGCAAUCAUUUGUUAAUACUAGUAAGCUAUGGUUCCUGAUCCAGGUGUCUGUACAAGAUAGCUGCUGUACUUAGAUAGUUUUCUUAGUAACCUUGGAGUUUUCCUUAAGAACUGCGCGGUUUAUGGGAUGCGGAUGCCUAUUUGUGUAGAGGAGCUGGCUGUUAUGUAGGCUGGCGUAAUGCUCAAAGGCCAUUUUUUAAAUGCGUUAAACCGCAUAAUCAUGUCCAGAAAUGUAGAUGUAGACUGUAAUUAGUGUAUACUGAAUUCUUUCUGAGGUUCAUUGGCUACUGUAACAACCGCAUUUUCUGUUCUUUUAUUUAUUUAUUUAUUAAUUUUUGGUAGA